AGAAAGAAUUUAAAAUGAAAAUUAACCAACAGUAAAAAUUACCCCAACAUUCAUUUUCACAAUUGUUAGGCUUACCUCUCCAGUCUCUAAGCAGGCAGAGAGAGGCCUUUUGCCCUUAAAACAAAUCCAUUCAUAAUGGCCCAAUCCAGCUUCCUCUUCAUCAGCACUACUCUCUUCUUCUGAAAUUCUGCUCGCAGUCGCAGAUCUCAGCGAAGCUGAAAAUGGAGAAUAAGCAAUUGGACGUAUCAUCAGCAAAGGCAGUCUUAUUAGGAGCGCUAGCUCCUGGUGUCAACGGUCCUACAUGGAAUACACUGAAAUCAGCGUUUCUGAUGUUGGGUUCUUGCCUUGCUGUGAUGCUUGGCUUAGCCUUCUCUUCAAGUGACUCUUCUUUGAUACUUCAUGUUGGGUUUCUUGUUCUAAUCGCUGCCACCCUCUUCGUUCUUCUUAGCUGGUUUCUUUCUCAGAUUGGUCUAGUCUCAGUUGAACAACAAAUGAGAGAAAUGGAUUUGAUCCCAGAUGAUCAUAGAAACUAGAAAGUGAGCAAGGAGAGGAGACGAUAUUUUCUUGAUAUGCUCAUGACAGCAGAGGAGAAACCAUCACCAAACAAAGGAAAAAGCUGCAAGACUUGUCAACAACGUGAAAAGUUAGUUCAUCCAUAAAGAAAUGAGAAGAUUAAAGAAGCAACAAGCAAACCACCAUAGCUCCCAAUCAUGGACGGCCGUAACUGCUUGUGUUAAUCACCGAAGGAUGCCACCUAAAGGCACUCUACCUGCAGCUAUCUUCCUUCGUUAUUAUGGAUGUGUUGUGCUGCACAUAUCAAUAAAUAAUUUUUUUUUUCUUUGGUGAAUAAUUCUUUUUUUCUUUUUUUGAUAUAUUUAGCUUCAUUUCAGACGAUAAUUAUGAAAUACAGUCUUAAGAACAAUUUUAGUAA